UAGAAAAGAUUGCGCAACCAAUCUUGUUAAUUAACCCUGCGUUUACGAGUAAACAAAGAGCCAGGCCAAUCUCCGAGAGGCCAAUUGAAAUGCAAAUCAGAGGUAAUUAAUCAGGAUCUAAUCUUUGGUACAGUGUGCUGACCCUGUGGCCUGCACCCAUCUUUAGAGUGCCGUCUUGCGUGUGAGUCAUCUCCGUCUGCUUAGUAAAAUUAGUGUGGAUGGUUUUUCGUUAAGUUCCAAAAAACCACCUCAACAAUAUGUCUAAAAUAUCCAAGAAAAGUAAAGAAAAAAAAUUUAAGAGUAUUGGAAACCACCAACAGUUUUUGGAACGGAUUACGAAAUCCUUAUAUUACGGAAAACUACCCUCAACAGAAUGCUUAAGCUUACCUGUUACUGAAUUGGCAAGUGAAUUAUUUUCUGAAGCACAAACAGGCCGUUCGUUGGACAGGUUACAUUGUAAUGAUGCAGCUAAAAUUUCUCGUAACGCCUGUGUAUCUCCAUGCUCUUUCGUUCUUGCCGUAUUGUACCUUGAGCAGUUGAAAUCAUGUAACCCAGAAUAUUUGUACCGCGUAGCUCCUUCUGAAUUAUUCUUAAUCUCUCUGAUGGUGUCGAGUAAAUUUUUGCACGAUGACGGUGAAGAAGAUGAGGUAUUUAUUGAAGAAUGGGCGCAAUCUGCACGAAUCUCCACCAAAGAAUUGGCCCAAUUGGAAAUGAACUUCCUUGCUGCAAUAGAUUGGAAAGUGUUUGUGCACGAACAUGCCUUUUGGAAAAAAUUGGCAGACAUUGAGAGUAUGAUUGCAAAAAGACAAGGCACAACACGAGGAUGGUACACGUAUUAUGAAUUAGAAAAAAUCAUGGCAAUGAACGUGUCUCACUUGCUUCAAAGCAUUACGGUCACUUUGUCUGUUUUGAUAGCAACAUAUGCCUUAGGAAUUUUGACCAUUUUGGGUUCCGUAUUUAUUGUUAGUAAUAUACCCGGUAAUUGUUUGCAAAGUCGAACUGUGUACAUGAAAGCGGAAAAUUAUGACUCGAGAAUCCUAGACGAAGUCGAUAAUAAUACGCACAUUAUACUAAAUAGCUUCCCCAGUGACUUGGCUGAAUACACCAGACGAAAGCAUAUGGAUGCUGUUGACAUUUUGAAAACUAGCAUCCUUCUGGCCACUCUUACAUCUGAAACGGAUUCGAAAAAUGAAACUGAACCAGUGCCAAGCAGUAUUAACCCGCCGGCAAACGUAACCAAACAUUCGUGGGCAUGGUGGCUCAGUCCCACCAUGGAUUGGUUAACGCAAACUUCUCGGAUCAUUGAAAAAUUUGAUUUUAUACCGGAAAUCAAAUCUUUUACUUAUGAUACCUAUAUAGACUCUUCAUUUGCCACAUCUAAGAUAUUAGCGUUGGAAAAUCAAAUUCAUAAACCGACCAAGGUUAGAAUUCAAGAUCAAUUGGAACGUUCUUGGCACAAGGAGUGGACAGAUACGUUUCGAAAUGUCAUCUUGCAGUAUAAAUUGCUGUCAGUUUGCCAAUAAAAACCUGAACCAAAUAAAUUUGUAACUUUUAUGUAUGAUCAGAUUAAUAAACAUCUUGUACCAAAA